CCUCCAGCUGACUACUCUUGUCUGUAGAGCUGUGUGAGAAAACAUGGAAGUGGAAUCACAGAGCCGAGCCCAAGCAGAGUCGGUUGACUCUUCUGCACAGUACGCACCGCCGGCAGCUCUCGUCAAGAAGCUAAGCCUCACAGACAGGCUCCUAACGCCUGCCAUCCUCAUUGCAAUGAUUGUGGGGGUCAUCAUCGGGGAGUUCGCUCCCGGAGUCCAACCCGCCUUCGACACCGCGCGGUUCGCGAGUGUCUCAGCCCCAAUCGCCAUCGGUCUCAUCGUGAUGAUGUGGCCCAUCCUCACCAAGGUCCAAUACGAGGCCAUCCCACGCAUGCUCUUCACGCGGAGCAUGCUCGUCCACAUCCUCCUCUCGCUCUUCCUCAACUGGAUCGUCGCCCCGCUCGUCAUGCUGGCCUUCGCGUGGGCCACGCUGCCCGACCUGCCCACGUACCGCACGGGUGUCAUCAUGGUCGGCCUCGCGCGCUGCAUCGCGAUGGUCAUGGUGUGGAACCAGCUCGCGGGCGGCGACGGGAACUACUGCGCGGUGCUCGUGGUGAUCAACAGCGUGCUCCAGAUCGCGCUCUACUCGCCGUACGCGGUGUGGUUCGUCAACGUCAUGGGCGGAGCCGGCGCGGACAUCCAUGUUUCCUACGGCAACGUCGCGAUAUCAGUGCUCAUUUACCUCGGUAUACCUCUCGGCGCAGGCCUCCUCACCAGACUGUUCUUCCUCUUCUUCACCUCCCGCGAGUUCUUCGCGACGCGUUUCCUUCCCCUCAUCUCUCCCCUCGGACCCCUAGGCCUGCUUUACACCAUCAUCGUGCUCUUCGCCUACCAAGGCCAUCACAUCCUGCAUAACAUCGGGCCCACCUUCCGCGUGAUCGUCCCACUCGUCCUGUACUUCAGCGUGAUGUGGGCGGGCGCGUUCGCGCUGGUGUGGUACCUCGGUCGGCGCGCAGCAGCGAGAGGGCGAGCGGAAGCCGGAACGUGGAGCUACGAGAUGGCGGUGGUCCAGAGUUUCACGGCUGGGAGCAAUAACUUCGAACUCGCUAUCGCGGUGACUAUCGCUGUGUACGGCGUUGGCUCCGACCAAGCGUUGGCGGCGACGAUAGGGCCACUUGUAGAGGUGCCCGUGCUUCUAGCGCUUACAUGGCUGGCACUCUACCUUGGGAAGGUGUUGCAGUGGGGCACGGUCCAGCACAGCGAGAUGUCGCUGAAUGAGGCAUCGCGGGAAGUAGCACCUACGACGACUGACGCGAAGGAGAAGGAACAGGUGGAUCUAGAGCAAGCAUAAGCUUCAUCUACAACAUCACAUGGAGAGGUUUGGACGGAGGUUUUGGCAUACACAUU